AUGCCGUUUCCCCUUACCCUCGGCCCAACCGGCACCCUCCAAACAUCCAUCUUCCUCAGCUUCGCCUUCACAUCCGCAGGCCUCUUCACCUUCGUCUCGCCCUCGCACCCCGAUGUUUUCGGCCUUCCCGCCGAAACCACCACUCCAGUCUGGAGCCUCCAAGGCGUCCGCGACCUCACUAUGGGCGUGGCAUAUGGACUGCUCGCGUGGCAGCGCAACUACGCUGGCACCAAGGCGCUGAUGACUGCUCACGUUAUCACGGGGGUGGUGGAUGCGGCGGUGGUGUGGGAGUAUGGGAAGAAAGCGAAGAUGUGGGGCCACGCGGCUGGUACGACGGUGAUGGCGACCGUUGUUGCGGGGUGGUGGCUGAAUGGUGGAGAGGGAGUACAUAUUUGA